AUAUAAACAACAAAAAUAACAAACAGACUCUCUGCUCUGCUUUGCUGUCACAAGAAAAUUAAAUGAAAACAAAACAAAAACACAACAACAACAAUACAAAAUACAUACAGUAAUAAUAAUAAUAAUACAACUACUUGUAGUAAUAAUAAUAACAACAACAACUUAACUUGUAUACAAAUAUAAAGGUACUUAUCGUUGUUGUUAUUGUAGUUGUUGAUUUUAUACAGAAAAAAACAAAAAUGGUGGCUGGUGGCUGCUAAACAUUUGACAAACUUCAGCAACGUCUAUCAGUCUUUUGAAAGCCGUGAAUAAAACUUCAACGAAAUUAAACGCGAAUAUUUGAUAAUAAAAAGAAUAUAUAUGAAUAAUAACUACAAUAAAUUAUAAAAAUAAAUAAAAUUAUAGCUAUAAAAACGAGUUUUUUGUGAUUUUAUUUUAAAAAGAUUUUUUAAUUUAUCAUGUUUUUUUAAAUUCUACAAUAAAAUACCUUGUGCUGUGCCUACUUAAUUAAUUUAUUAAACCUAGUUAAUUAAUUGUGAUAUCUAUUUAAUAUUUAAAACAUUUUACAAAUUUUAUAACUUCAAAAAAAAAAAAAAUAAGAAAAAAGCAAACAAAAUGAAAUCUCGAAAUAUUUUGGAAGAUUCGGGUGCUAAAGAAACUUUAUUGGUGGUGCCGAAAUUUACGGUUCAUCCGGUGCGUGUUCAGCCAAAUGGCACUCCUGUGGAUAUUGUUACCGAGGAUGAGGAGGAGGGUUUGGGCUAUACACAUACUUUGAUGUAUGGCCGUUAUACCAAAGAUUUAGGAGAAUUUGCAAAAGAUGAAGCCAGAAAACUCAAAUUACUUGAAAAGAGACGAAAAUUGGAGGACAAACAGAGGAACAAGGAACUCUUAGGUAAACGCAAAUCACGUGCAUUUAAAGUAACAUCAUGGAUAUGGAAACAUACAUUUGCCCGGCUGGGCGAAGAUUGGGUAUUUUUAGCAUUAUUAGGCAUUAUAAUGGCUCUGUUAUCCUAUGUCAUGGACAAGGGCAUUUCGAUAUGUACCAGCGCUCGUGUUUGGUUAUAUCGGGAUCUAACCUCACAACCUAUAGCUCAAUAUUUUGCCUGGGUUUCGUUGCCCGUGUGUUUGAUUUUAUUCUCAGCUGGUUUUGUUCACUUAAUAGCACCCCAAAGUAUAGGUUCCGGUAUACCCGAAAUGAAAACAAUUUUACGUGGCGUGGCCCUAAAAGAAUAUUUAACAUUUAAAACAUUAGUGGCCAAAAUUGUUGGUUUAACGGCAACUUUGGGCAGUGGUAUGCCAUUGGGAAAGGAAGGUCCAUUCGUACAUAUAGCAAGUAUAGUAGCACAAUUAUUAAGUAAGCUAGUAACAUCAUUCCAAGGUAUCUAUGAAAAUGAAUCGCGUAAUUCAGAAAUGUUGGCAGCCGCCUGUGCGGUGGGUGUGGGCGCCUGUUUUGCAGCUCCUGUAGGGGGUGUCUUAUUUAGCAUAGAGGUAACUACAACGUAUUUUGCGGUGCGCAAUUAUUGGCGUGGUUUCUUUGCGGCCGUUUGUGGUGCCACCGUUUUUCGUUUAUUGGCCGUUUGGUUUCAAAAUGCCGAUACUGUGAGAGCGGUAUUUUUAACCAAUUUCACCACCGAAUUUCCUUUUGAUCCUCAGGAAUUAUUUGUAUUUGCUUUAAUGGGUGUUAUUUGCGGUUUGGGCGGCGCUGCUUAUGUUUGGGUCCAUCGCCGUUAUGUGUUAUUUAUGCGUUCAAAUAAGAAAAUGAAUAAAUUUCUGCAGAAAAACCGGUUUUUGUAUCCCGGUUUCUUGGCCUUAUUGGUAUCUACACUAUCAUUUCCUUUGGGCACUGGACAAUUUAUUGCCGGUGAAUUGGGCACCCAUGAACAGGUUACACAAUUGUUUAGUAAUUUUACUUGGUGCCAGGAUUAUCUGACAGUGGAGCAGGCAGCUAUUGUUACCCAUUGGAUGACACCCUAUACGAAUGUUUUUAUAAAUUUAGCCUGCUAUGUUUUGUUCACGUUUUUGUUUUCCAUUGUGGCUUCCACCAUACCCGUACCAUCGGGUAUUUUCAUACCCGUGUUCAAAAUUGGUGCCGGUUUGGGACGUUUGAUAGGCGAAAGUAUGCACUUGUGGUUUCCCUCGGGUGUACGCUAUGGCGGCCGUCUUUCACCCAUUAUACCGGGUGGUUAUGCUGUGGUAGGUGCGGCCGCCUUCUCAGGUGCUGUUACCCAUACCGUAUCGGUAGCUGUGAUAGUGUUCGAAAUGACGGGCCAAAUAACUCAUGUGGUGCCUGUCAUGAUAGCGGUUUUAAUUGCAAAUGCCAUUGCUGCUCUCCUGCAACCGUCCAUGUACGAUAGCAUUAUUUUAAUUAAGAAAUUGCCCUACCUGCCCGAUUUAUUGCCCUCCUCGUCGGGCAUGUACAGCAUCUAUGUGGAAGAUUUCAUGGUGCGUGAAGUCAAGUAUAUAUGGCAGGGUAUUUCCUAUCAAAAACUCAAGGAAGUUUUAAAAUCCAAUAAGACCUUGCGUUCCCUGCCUCUGGUAGACAGUCCCGAUAAUAUGAUUCUGUUGGGCUCUGUACAACGCUACGAACUCAUCAAAAUGAUUGAGAAGCACAUAGGCCGUGAGAAACGCAUGGAAGUGGCACAAAAAUGGCAAAAAGAGGCCGAAGAACGAGCCCGCGAAGAAGAGCGCAAAAAGCAAGAAGCCGAGCAAAAAAUGAGAAGACCCUCACGCUUUGAGGUCUUGCCGGCCCCUGAUAUUAUCAGUUUGCGUCAAAUAGCCAACGAUGAAAUGUUACCGCCCAAAAAGAAACAAGAAUCAUUAAAUAAUACGUUACAGCCUCGUAAAUCCAUAUUGAAAAAGACAAAUUCCUUUAAUCUUAAAGCCUUUGCACCUGCCUCAUUACAUAGUCCCAAUAUAACGCCAUAUACAACGAUAACUGGUACCGAAUAUCGCAUACGCAAUGCCUUUGAGGCGAUAUUUAAGAAAUCAACCACCUUGCAAGAUGUUCAGCCGGCCGCUGGUGAUGCGGGCAGCAUAUCGGCCGCCACCAGUGCGGGCGAUAUGACACCGGGUGCUGCCACGGUGCAUAGGGCACCCAGUACACCGGGUAUUUCGAAAAAAGUUCAAUUGCCUAGAGAACGUGUCAUCGAUAUGUCUCCCGAAGAUCAAAAGAAAUGGGAAAUGGAAGAAAUGCAAAAAGCCAUUGAUUUGGAAAAAUCGAAUGUCCAUAUAGAUCCAUCGCCAUUUCAAUUGGUCGAACGCACCUCCAUACUCAAAGUCCAUUCCCUAUUCUCGAUGGUCGGCAUCAAUCAUGCGUAUGUCACGAAAAUUGGCCGUUUGGUGGGUGUUGUUGGUCUCAAAGAGUUGCGCAAAGCCAUCGAAGACAUUAACAGCAACAGUUUCGUGGUACAAAAUCAAUUAAAAGAGAGUGAUCCCAACGAUGUGGAAAAAUCGGCAGCUGAAAGACCUCUACUGCUGCCACAAGAUUGCAGCGAUAAACAGGUCAAUAUGACUGUGACCUCUAUGGAUUCAGCUCUUUCAAAUUCAGAUAAUUGUUCUGACAUCGAAAUGGAAAAUAUGCAACAUAAAAUCCAUCCAACACCGCCACCCACCAGACGAAAUCAUUCACCCUCACCACCCUCCCAUCGAAAUCAUUCGCCAUCCCCACCACCCAGAAAACGCUCCUUAUCACCUCCACCACCAGCAUCAUCAUCAUCUGUAUCUGUUAACAUAGAUGGUAAUUUAAGUCCAAAGUCUUCACCCUCUAGAGAUUCUUCGCAGGACUAGAGUUAAACCAAGUCAAGUCAAUAAGAAUCAAUUAAGAGAAUUAAUUCUUUCUAUACGUAAUAGCUAAAAUGUUUACACAUACAUAACGUUUAAUACAUAAUUCUAAUUAUAGAAAAAGAAAAAAGCAACUUUUUGUAAUUUAUCAUUUUGUGUAUAAACAAAGUAAUUAUUUUUAUGAAUUACUAAAACUAAGUUUGUAAUUUAUUUAUAAAAUAUAAAAUGAUAAAAAGUUUCAACUGUUUUUAUUAGUAUUGUAAGUAAGUCUUCUCAAUUUAAAUUAAAGUUUAUAGAAUCAAAUUGUCGCAAAUUGUUUAUUAUUAUUAUUUUUUUAGUUUUAUUAUUUAAUGUAUUUAUGUCAAAUGUAUAUUAAGCAGACAUUUUUAAUUCAUUAAACCAAAAUCUACAAUUUAAAACCAACUUAAUUAUUAAGUUAUGUAUAGUUAAACAUAAAUAAAUGAUAAACAAAAAUACCUAUAAAUUUAUAAAUUGUAUUAAGUUAGUUAAUAUUUUAAUUGUUAAAACCAAAUAGAAAAAAAAAGAAUUUGUAAAAUUAUAUUGUAAACUAUAAAUUAAAAAUAAACAAAAAGAUUAUUGAAAACAAGAAAUCUAAAAGAAA